CUAAAUAUUCACGAUGCAACGAUAGAGAACCAGAGAGAUGGUCGCACCGGCAUAAAAUCCAGAGUAAACUUUCAAGCAAACAACAAGGCCACAGUCCACGACCAGUAACCACAAGCUCCCAAGCAGAAGAACAACACCCAAAAUCUCGGCAAAAUAUGUAUAUUCCUCUCAAAAACGAAGAGUAAGGCCUACAUUUUCUAUAGUACAAAGGGAAUUUUCGGAGUCAAUGAAGAUCUUUGAAUGCAUCUAAUCGCCACGUAUAGUAAUAAUGAUAAAAAGAACACUACAAAAUUGAUUCCUGACGAGGUUUGACGAGUGACAGAGAGCCAAAGAAGAAUACUUCUUCUUCUUCCUGGGGAUUUGGUCUGUGUGUGCUGUUCAUUUCUUUGUGUCUUUUGGGUUCUGGGAGUGUUAUUGAGAAAAGGCUAUAGAUACCCAUUUCGAGUUUUGAUAUUUUUCAGUCAAGUUUGGAAGAAAAUAGCAAGAUUGAGAUUGUAGAAAUUUUAUAAUGGAGAAUGGGAGAUACCAUAAGGAAGGGUUGGAGAUUGAGAAAUUUAAGAGAGAGCAUAUGGAAGGGGCUGGACAUGAGCUAGAGGAUUUGAAUAGAAUUGCACCGUGGACCAAACAGAUCACCCUUCGUGGGCUCGUGGCCAGCGUAGUGAUUGGAAUCAUUUACAGUGUCAUUGUAAUGAAGCUUAAUCUCACCACUGGUUUGGUCCCAAAUCUCAAUGUCUCAGCUGCUCUUCUUGCUUUUGUGUCCGUACGGGCAUGGACUAAGCUGCUCAGCAAGUUUGGAAUUGUGUCAUCUCCUUUCACUAGGCAAGAGAAUACCACUAUCCAAACUUGUGCAGUUGCAUGUUAUAGUAUAGCUGUUGGAGGUGGGUUUGGGUCGUAUCUGUUGGGUUUGAACCUGAAAACGUAUGAACAAGCAGGAGUUGAUACAGAAGGCAAUACUCCUGGGAGUACUAAAGAGCCUGGUAUUGGUUGGAUGACUGGUUUUCUCUUUGCUACUUGUUUUGUUGGGCUAUUAGCCUUGGUUCCUCUUAGAAAGAUUAUGAUUAUAGACUACAAACUAUCUUAUCCAAGUGGAACUGCUACUGCUGGUUUUAUCAAUGGUUUCCACACUACUAAAGAAGACAAAAAUGCUAAAAAACGGGUUCAUGGGUUCAUGAGAUUCUUCUCAAUUAGUUUCCUAUGGAGUUUCUUUCAGUGGUUUUAUUCAGGUGGAGAUCAAUGUGGAUUUACCCAGUUCCCAACUUUCGGAUUACAAGCUUGGAAAAACUCAUUUUACUUUGAUUUUAGUGCCACUUACGUUGGGGCAGGAAUGAUCUGUUCCCAUCUAGUGAACUUGUCUUUGCUUCUUGGUGCUGUGCUCUCAUGGGGUGUAAUGUGGCCCUUGAUAAAGGGUCUUAAAGGAGAGUGGUUCCCUCAAAAUUUAUCAGAAAGCAGCAUGAAAAGUCUAAAUGGUUACAAGGUUUUCAUUUCCAUCGCUUUGAUACUUGGAGAUGGGCUCUAUAACUUUCUCAAGAUACUGUUUUUCACUGUUAAAAGCGUCCAUACCAAAAUGAAGAACAAGACCCUGAAAACAUCUUCAAAUAAUCAAAAUGAAACCAUGGAUGAUCUUACAAGAAAUGAGUUGUUUGUAAGAGAUAGCAUUCCUCUUUGGAUAGCAUGCGUUGGUUAUGCUUUCUUUGCCCUCAUUUCCAUCAUUAUUAUCCCAAUAAUGUUCCCUGAGCUCAAAUGGUACUAUGUGGUUGUUGCCUAUAUGCUUGCACCUCCUCUGAGCUUCUGCAAUGCUUAUGGUGCUGGUUUAACAGACAUGAGCAUGGCAUAUAAUUAUGGUAAAGUGGCUCUUUUUGUUCUUGCUAGUCUGUCUGGAAAAGAAAAUGGUGUGGUUGCAGGGCUUGUUGGUUGUGGUCUGAUCAAGUCCAUUGUGUCCAUAUCUUCCGAUUUGAUGCACGAUUUCAAGACCGGUCAUCUCACUCUCACGUCUCCACGAUCCAUGCUUGUGAGCCAGGCUAUCGGAACAGCAAUAGGCUGCGUGGUGGCACCUGUCACGUUCUUCCUUUUCUACAAGGCCUUUAAUGUAGGUAACCCGAAUGGCGAAUACAAAGCGCCAUAUGCUAUAAUCUAUAGAAACAUGGCAAUUCUAGGUGUUCAAGGCUUUUCUGCCUUGCCACAGCAUUGCUUGCAACUCUGUUUUGGCUUCUUUGCAUUCGCCAUUGGAGCCAACCUUCUUAGAGAUCUUUCGCCAAAGCAUAUCAGUAAAUGGGUUCCCCUCCCAAUGGCCAUGGCUGUUCCUUUCUUGGUUGGGGCUUAUUUUGCCAUUGACAUGUGUGUGGGUAGUUUGGUUGUUUUCGUGUGGCACAAGCUGAAUGAUGAGACUGCUGCUUUAAUGAUUCCUGCUGUUGCUUCUGGUUUGAUCUGUGGAGAUGGUUUGUGGAUUCUUCCCUCAUCAAUACUUGCUUUGGCUAAGGUUCAUCCUCCAAAUUGCCUGCGCUUCUUGACAGCAAACUAAAAAAAAACUAGAAUUGUACUUAACUACUAGAAUAGAUAAAGUUAUGCUCUUUCCAACAUAGGAGAGCACUUCAAGGUACCUACAUAGUUAUGACAAAGUCUUUUUUUUUUUUUUCCUGACAACACAUAAUAGUAUAGGGAUGUCAAAAAAAGCCAGUGGAUCGGGGCGGGUCGGAGCCCCGACUUGAUGGGGCGCGCUUGAUCCGAAUAUAACCAGGGCAAUAGCGGGUCGAGAUCCGACACGACCCGCUAGCAAUUGAAGCCGGUCGAGUGAUCCGACCCGGUUGUUGUUGUUUUUUUUUUUUGUAAUAAAGAAUUUUUUUUUAAAAACUAAUUGAUACCACUAUUUAGGGUGA